AUGAUGCUUAGCGGAAAGCUUGCUCGAGCUGGCGCCAGCUCCAGCGUACGAUGCCUGUCCACUACUGCGGCUCGCGCUACCAAGCCUCCCUCGAUGGGCGACAUCAACCCCAGUAACCAGAGCGUCGAAGAGUUCAACAAGAGGCAAAGGCAGUUCCGGGAGAAGCUUGCGGAGGCGCGAAAGGUCCGGGAUGCAGGUGCGUUGAACCAGCAAGGCAAUGAAUCUGAUAGUCAUGUUCCGGGUCUCUCACAGGGCCUCGGCUCACUUAGCACUGCUGCCACAGAAAAGGCUGCGGAGCUCGCAGAACAGGAGCCCAACCGCAAGGCGGGCCGCUUGACCAACCUCAUUUAUGGUACAAAGGAAGGUAGGGAGAUGGAUGCCCAGAUCGAGGCCAGCUUCAGCGCCGUUCUCGCUCGUGGCAAAUACGUCCAUUCCAUUGUCUUCCACGAGGUCCAGCCCGACAAGGUCGAAGAGUAUAUUGAGCUCGUUGGUAAAUGGUACCCUAAGAUGGCCGGCGUGGAGAAUAACAAGGUCCAUCUGGUCGGAAGCUGGCGGACCGAGGUUGGCGAUUGCGAUACCUUUGUCCACAUCUGGGAGUACCAGCGAUACCAGGGAUACCACGAGUCUCGGAACCUGAUUGCCUCUCACCCCGAAUACCCCGAUUUUAAUAAGAAGCUCCGCAGUUUGAUCAAGAAUCAAAACACUUCGCUCAUGCAGGAAUUCUCCUUCUGGCCGACCACUCCUCCCCGACAGCUCGGCGGCGUCUUUGAGCUCCGGUCGUAUACACUCCAUCCUGGCAACCUUCUUGAGUGGGAGACCCACUGGAGGCGAGGCCUCAAGGCCCGUCGGGAAGUCAUGGAGGGCGUAGGUGCCUGGUUCGUGCAGAUCGGCGACCUCAACACCGUGCACCACCUUUGGCAAUUCGCCAACCUCGAGGAGCGCAAGGUUCGCCGUGAGCAGAGCUGGAGCAUCGAGGGAUGGAGCGAAACCGUUCACAAGACGGUACCCUUGAUUCAGACGAUGAAGUCGAGAAUCCUCAUCCCUAUGCCUUGGUCCCCGUUGCUUAAGCGGAUGAGCGCUUCGUGGCUCGGCCCUAGAUGGGGCUUACGGGCACGAAUGUAG